ACAGCACACCAUGGCCUCCCGUGCGGCGCCAGUCCGGCAGACAUGCUGUUGUUUCAACGUCCGAGUGGCCACCACAGCCCUGGCCAUCUACCAUAUAGUCAUGAGUGUCUUGCUGUUCACUGAGCACAUGGUGGAGGUGGCCCGCGGUAAAGUCUCCUGCAGGUUCUCCAAGAUGCCAUAUCUCAGGAUUGCCGACCUGCUCUCCAGCUUCCUGCUCAUUGGAGUGCUCUUCGCCAUCAGCAUCAGCCUGCUGUUCGGUGUGGUCAAGAACCGUGAGAAGUACCUGAUGCCCUUCCUGUCCCUCCAAGUCAUGGACUUCCUGCUGUGCCUCCUCACGCUGUUGGGUUUCUAUAUUGAGUUACCAGCCUACCUGAAACUUGGCCGGCCCCGGCCCGGUUCCUCUAAAGUCCCCUUGAUGACCCUGAAGCUCCUGGACUUCUGUUUGAGUGUCCUGACCCUGUGCAGCUCCUACAUGGAAGUGCCUGCCUACCUUAACUUCAAGUCCAUGAACCACAUGAAUUACCUCCCAAGCCAGGAGGGCAUGCCGUACAAUCAGUUCAUCAACAUGAUGAUCAUCUUCUCAGUGGCCUUUGUCACUGUGCUCAUCCUGAAGGUCUACAUGUUCAAGUGCGUGUGGACAUGCUACAAAUUCAUCAAGUAUAUGAAUUCGGCCGUGGAGAGCAGCAACUCCAAGAUGUUCCUUAAGGUGGCUCUGCCAUCCUACGAGGAAGCCUUGUCUAUGCCCACUAAGACUCCAGAGGGGGACCCUGCACCACCCCCAUACUCAGAAGUGUGACCCCACCAGGCCUCAGCCCACAGGCCAAGAGAGUUGGAGCUUCUUCCUCCUGCUUCUUCACGUUGGUAUCUUCUGUGGCUACUUCAGGACAAUCUGCUUGUGCACCCCCUCACUGUCCUCUCCUCCUGGGGACCCCCUCACUCACAACCGAGUCACCCCUGGCCUAAACGACCCUUUGAAUCUCAGAAUACUCAUCCUAGCAGCUCGUCUUGUCUCUAUCAGCAAUGACACUUGGUUAGGGCACAGUUAUGGCAAAUUAGGGUGAGUUUGGUUAACAGCUACUAGCUUGAUCUGUUUAGUUGGGCGGCCAGCACCACAGGGGCUACAGAGAAAGGAUCUGGCCAAGUAGCAGUUCCUGGUAUCAGUUUAUACACAGCCCUCAGGUUACAGGGAGGUCAGGAUCAUGGUGUCAACUCGCCACCCCCAUACCCCAAAAGUGUACUUAUGGAACAAUCCCUUCAAAUCAGUUGCUUAAAUAAAUAGCAAUUCAGCCAACUGCUGUCGUUAGGAAUUAUAAUAAAACC